AUGAAAGGCAUUAUUGCGGAAUACGAGAAAGCUCCUCUUCGGAUCACUGACGAUUUAGAGCUUCCUGAGCCGUCAACAAAUCAGAUCCUAAUCAGAUCACUCUACACCGCAGUUAAUCCAGUUGAUCAUAUGAUGAUUAACAUGGGAAUUCUCGUCGAGAGCUGGCCUUUUGUUCCAGGCUGUGACGCUGCUGGAAUUGUCGUCAAGGUCGGAGAACAGGCAGCGUCAAUAUUCAAAGUUGGUGACGAAGUCUGCGGAUGCACCCGCUUGGGCACGAAGGGAUAUUCCACUUGCCAGGAAUUUUUCAUAAUGGACGCCGCUUUGACUAUCCCGAAACCUAAGAAUCUCAGCCUUGCCGAAGCAGCAGCCAUAGGAGUUGGUAUCGAGACUGCUGCUUUGGGAAUUUUCAAUGGCUGUAAGAUUCCUCUUCCCGAUCUCGACAGUCUCCCUGUGCCAAAAGAUGAAUGGGCUGUGGUCCUUGGAGGUGCCAGUACCGUUGGGCGCUUCGGUACCCAACUUUUCAAACUUCUCGGCUAUAAAGUCAUCGCUUCAUGUGGCACAAAGUCGUUUCAGACUGUAAAAGAAACCGGCGCAGAUGCGGUUUUUGAUUACAAGACAUCCACCGCAGAACAAGUUGCAGAGGCUCUCAAAGUCAUUGGCGAGUCUAGGGCAAACCUUCACUAUGUUCUUGAUGCCGCUGCUGGAGGCGUAGAAUUCGCACGCCUACUAUUCAAGGAACUUCCGGAGGUUCCCAAGUACUUUGCUACAACCAAUGACUGGAGUGGCAUUACGGAUUUUGAAGGUGGGAGAUCGCAUUGUAUUCAGCUUGGAAUUAUUGGAAGAGAUUACGCAAAAGAAACCAACGAAGCCCUGGCCAGAUAUAUUCCUAUUUUGACCAAGCUUUUCGAGUUGGGCAAGCUCUUUCCAGGCCCCUACAUCGAGAUUGGAAAUGGAGGAUUUGAAGCCGUCCUGGAAGCCUUUGAGUAUCAGAAGUCUGGCUUGGCAGGUUCUAAGAAGGUUGUUGUCAAAGUACAAGAAAAUUGA